GCCAUACAGUAUGCAUCCGAAUGUCAUCUUCAUCCUCGACUCGCGUUUCCCAUAGUCACGCUGAGAGGGCAGAUUCUGACUACUUGGCCCUCAAGGCCGGCCUGGGCAGAGAUCGGGACGAGGCGGUGCGCCCGUCUCGCCAGCAGUCUGCAGAGGUGGGCCAGGCGCACCAGACAGUUCACGUUCGCAGCAGAGUUUACAAGAUGGGCAUUGACAUUUACGCCAUCAAGCCGAGCCCGCCAUGCCGGGCCGUCUUUCUGGUGGCUAAAGCCAUCGGCCUGGACUAUAACCUCAAGAUCGUAGACAUGGAGAAGGGGGAGAACCGGACUCCUGAGUUCCUGAAGAUGAACCCGGCACACACCGUGCCUGUCAUGACGGACGGUGAACUAUCAAUAGGUGACAGCAAGGCGAUCAUCACCUACAUGAUGAACCAGUACGCGCCUGCCAACUUGCAGAGCCUGUACCCCCGCGACCCGGCCGCCAGGGCUCUGGUGGACCAGAGACUCUACUUCGACUCCCAGCUGUUUGCCAGCCUUCGCGGCAUCGUGUUUCCUCUGGUGUUCAUGAAGGACCUGAAGCAGUCGCAAGCGAACAUGCCGCGGGUGGACGAGAACAUGGCGCUACUGGAGACGUUUCUGACGCGCUCCACGUACCUAGCCGGCGAGCACUUGACCAUCGCCGACCUGGCCAUGCUGUCCAACGUCUCCAGCGUGGAGACCGGCGGUCUCGACAUGUCCCGCUGGCCGCACGUGCAAGCCUGGCUGGCCAAGCUGAAGGCCGAGCUGCCCUACUACGAGCAGGCCAACGGCGAGGGAGCUCAGAUGAUGGGCGCCAUGUACAAGAAUGCCCUCAAGGAGCUGGGAGGAAAGUUCUGCAAGAUGGGCAUUGACAUUUAUGCCAUCACGCCGAGUCCGGCAUGCCGGGCCGCCUUUCUGGUGGCCAAAGCCAUCGGACUCGACUACAAUCUCAAGAUAGUGGAUCUGGCAAAUGGAGGGAACCGCACUCCCGAGUACCUGAAGAUGAACCCGGCGCACACAGUGCCUGUCAUGACAGACGGCGAGCUGUCAGUGGGUGACAGUAAGGCGAUCAUCACCUACAUGAUGAACCAGUACGCGCCUGCCAACUUGCAGAGCCUGUACCCCCGCGACCCGGCCGCCAGGGCUCUGGUGGACCAGAGACUCUACUUCGACUCCCAGCUGUUUGCCAGCCUUCGCGGUAUCAUGUUUCCAGUGGUGUUCCGGAAAGUAAAGGAUCUGAAGAUGUCUCAGGCGAACAUGCCGCGGCUAGAGGAGAACAUGGCGCUACUGGAAACGUUCCUGACGCGCUCCACGUACCUGGCCGGCGAGCACUUGACCAUCGCCGACCUGGCCACGCUGGCCAACGUCUCCAGUGUGGAGGCCGGCGGUCUUGACAUGUCCCGCUGGCCGCACGUGCAAGCCUGGCUGACCAAGCUGAAAGCCGAGCUGCCCAACUACGAGCAGGCCAACGGUGAGGGAGCUCAGAUGCUCGGUGCUAUGUACCAGAAGGCCCUGAAGGAGCUGGGAGGAAAGUAGAUGUGCUGUGAACGCGGAACGAACUGAAAGCAGGAUCGGAGCCCUGCCCUCAAUAAAAUGAUCGGACUUCGGGCGGUGACAGGCAUGACGUCGGCCGGUCACCAAUAGACUGGAUAGUUUACAGUACAAAUAUGUCUUUGCCCAAUGAUAGAGCUAUCGAGUAUCGAGUAUACACUGAGACCCAAUGCUUCUUAGUUCCUCGCAGCGCGAAUUUUCUCUCAUAUCAAAUAUAUGGACACUCACAUCUUU